GGGAUGGCGAAGGCGCCGUCCGGUUGUCUCAGCGCCCUGCCCGGGGCUCUGCCUCAGUAGGAACCAGUCAAAAGAAGAUGCCCAAACUUGAGGGCUUUGAGUUCUGGAGAAACACGCUGAAAGGUGCCCGUUAUGUGGUUGCUCCCAUGGUGGAUCAGAGUGAACUAGCUUGGAGACUGUUAAGUCGCCGUCAUGGAGCCCAGCUAUGUUAUACCCCUAUGCUGCAUGCUCAGGUCUUUGUCAGAGAUGCCAAUUACCGUAAAGAAAACUUGUAUUGUGAUGUGUGCCCUGAAGAUAGACCUUUGAUUGUGCAGUUCUGUGCCAAUGACCCAGAAGUGUUUGUCCAGGCUGCCUUGUUGGCUCAAGAUUACUGUGAUGCCAUUGACUUGAAUUUGGGGUGUCCUCAAAUGAUUGCAAAAAGAGGUCACUAUGGAGCAUUCUUGCAGGAGGAAUGGAAGCUUCUUCAGAAGAUGAUUGUGUUGGCUAAUGAGAAGCUCUCUGUUCCCAUCACAUGCAAAAUCCGUGUUUUCCCAGAAAUUGGCAAGACUGUGAAAUAUGCCCAGUUGCUGGAGGAGGCUGGUUGUCAGCUGCUGACUGUCCAUGGUCGCACGAAAGAACAGAAGGGGCCUCUUGCUGGCGUGGCUUCCUGGGAGCACAUACAGGCCGUGAGAAAGGCUGUAAACAUCCCUGUUUUUGCAAAUGGAAACAUUCAGUACCUAAGUGAUGUGGAACAGUGCAUUCAGAAGACAGGAGUUCAAGGUGUCAUGAGCGCAGAGGGCAAUCUUCAUAACCCAGCUUUGUUUGAAGGAAGAAACCCUGCAGUCUGGGAGAUGGCUGAGGAAUAUCUGGAAAUAGUACAGCAGUAUCCUUGCCCACUGUCCUAUGUCAGGGCUCAUCUCUUCAAGCUCUGGCAUCACACGUUGCAAGUUCACCAGCACCUGCGUGAUGAGCUGGCAAAAGUGAAGACCCUGGAGGGACUUGUGGCUGUCAAUAGAGAGCUGAAGUUGCAUUGCCAGGAAGAAAUAGCCAAUUUGAAGGAAGAUGAGAAGCCAAAAGGAGGAUUGCCUUUCUUCCAUUGGAUUUGUCAGCCAUAUGUCAGGCCUGGGCCCAAGGAGGUGUGCAAGGAAAAUGGCACUAGUGGCAUGGAAGGAAGCACCCGGGGUAAACGAGCUUUGGAGGAUGAGGAUGAUGGGACCUCAGAUGGUCUCUCAAAGAACAAGCAAAAGAAGAAAUUGAGAAAUCCUAAUAAAAGCUUUGAUCCAUCCUUAAAACCUAAAUAUGCAAAGUGUGAUCAGUGUGGAAACCCAAAGGGUAACAAAUGUGUAUUUAAUCUGUGCCGAGGAUGCUGUAAGAAAAGGGCUUUUAGAGAGACAGCAGAUUGUCCAGGUCAUGGUCUGCUUUUUAAAACCAAAUAUGAGAAGUCCCUUUCAUGGAAGAAUGGCCAGUCCAGUCUGGAGAAUAUUGAAGUGACAGCACAGAAAGGAGAGGUGGAGGAGACUCUAUUGCUCAAAGAAGCUAUUGAUGGUGUUGCGUGAGGCCUGGAAACUCCUCCUGGAUGUGCUCCCCAGCCUCUGUCUCCUUGGGCCAAAGAAAUAAUCUGCUUGCAGAACACAGCAGUUGACUCCACAGACCUGUUCAUAAACGACAGACAAGUCUUACCUAAGGGAAAAUGUCUUUCUCAGGGAAAUAAUCCUGUAAUGGAAAUAAAAGGAUGCAACGAAAGCUUUUCAUCCCAUGUUUGAAAGACUUCAAAGACUGAGCCAGAAGUGCUGGCCUUAAAAUGCUGCAUUGGAGACACCUCUACAGAUUUGACCUGCCUGUUUUUAAACUGUGUGUGGUUUUAAAAUUGGCAAAUAAAACUUUUA